UUGUGAGGCGGUUCGGUUAAUCUUGGUCUGUGAAAAUUAUUAAAUAAAAAUUUAGAUAGGGCGAUCAGUAUCGUCAAAUUGCAAUCAAUCGUUCGACAAUUGCGUUUUGCAACUUCAUGGAAUGAUGCCUUAAUCAGUGGUCUUUAUUUUGUGAUUCACAAUUUCAGCUCAAAGAAAAGGGGACAAACAUUAAGCUGCAGACGUGAAAACCAAAUAUUACGUAAUGUGAUGAUGGUAGAGUUGUUAACAAUAUGUGCGGUGCAUCUGUAAUCAUUAUUUGUUUAGAGGAAAAUUACGUUACCGAGACAGUUUGACGGGAUAUUAAAAGGCGAAUAUGCUUUCUUAUUGCAGUUAAUUUAUGAAAAGUGUAGCCCGUUCAGUGAAACCUAUUAUUCGUAAAAUGCAUUUGUGCGUACGAAGUUGCAACUGUGCAAGCCAAAUAAGAAAUUGUUGACCUAAUUGUGUGACCUUAAAGUUAAAUGAAAUGAGAGCGACGACAUAGCAUUGUGUUCGUCGACUCUAAACCAAAGCAGAUAAAGUUACGCUGACUAUUUGCUUUUUUGACAAUUGUGAAUUGGAGAAAGUGUGCAUGUGCGUGUCCCGAAACCGCUAGUUUGAACAGAACCACCGAAUAUACGUUCAUCUGUUAACGACAGCUACUACAGCAUACAGCAAUAAGAAAUGAACUCUUGCUAACACCAACUUGUACAUAGCAAUUUGUAUGUUAAAAUUAGUGAAGUAAUAGAUUCAGUUAAAAUUGCUUAGAACAAUAGACGUAAAAGAUUUGAAAAUAAUAUUGGUGACAUACCUGACGUCUGUGACUGCAUACCAUAUGCAGCAUAAUCUAUCUGUUACAACAGCCAACAAUUUGAUAAUAUAUCGAAACACAGAGAGAAAGUGUUACAAGCAGAGCUUCUAUAAAUACGUAGAGUGUGUUUCUGGUGAUGUUGCACAGUUAUCGUUUAUGUUUUAAGUCCCGCUACCAGUUACCACACAUCUUAUUGUCCUUGAACUUCAAACGAUAAAUCAAAUUGGCCGGAAGCCAAUUAAAAGUGCAGACAAAACCUUUUCUCUCUCUGAUCACACAAGUGUUGAUAUAUAGAAAUUGCAUGCCAACAAGAUGAAAAAGUGUCAGGUGCGAUCACUCAGUGAAUUGGCACUAACGGAACUAGCUAACACUGUGGUAACGGCAAUCGGAUUCGCCAUGCACACCGAAUUGGACAAUGAUAUAACCAUCACCAUGGUCGAUGUAAAUUCGUAUUUAGAAGAGUCUGGUGCAACAAGUGAUAUUUACCAAGAUAUGCUGCGAGUUAUACUGAGUUCGGAUUUUUUGGAAGCAACCGUUCGUUUCACAUGCCUUCAGAUGCUGCUCAAUGGGAGUGUUCAGUGUCUGGUAUCGGAAAUAUUUCCGUACUCGUACUAUGAAAAGAUUCUGCAAGUAAUAGCCGCUCAGGGAAGCGGUCUGACCGCAUUGAAUUUGAAGGGUGUCUGGGUGAAACAUGAACACAUGAACUACAUGUACGAAAUAAUGAAGAACUGCACGAAAUUAACGAAAUUGUCUAUUCCAUACAUUGCUACUGACGAAUUGCUCAAGUACAUUUCCAAUUGUAAAUUUCUUAAAAUUUUGGAUGUAUCCGGUGAAACGGACAUAACCGAAAUCGGUGUCGAAUAUCUGUGUCUCGGAGCAGCGAGAGAGCGACUGAAAAUUGUAGAUAUUGGAACGUUAGGCGAGGAAAAUAUUUGUCACACCGACAUUGCGUUACUGUUAACUAAUCUGCCAAAUUUAGAAAAUCUGGUCACCUACUCUUAUGUCGGACAAUCAUUACUGUGCAUCAGCGAGCACCACAACCCUCACUUCAAAACGAAACUGAAAUAUCUGCACGACACCAGAACCAACAAUAAAACCAUCGACGCCAUUGUUGAAAUGUGCCCAGAUCUGGAGAGUAUCUAUCUGGACACACCGGACAGUGGUGUAAUGCACAAACUAAAGUUUUUGAAUUUGAGAAAGCUGAAAAUCUACAAAUUUUGUUGCAUUGAACUGGAGCAAUUGCUCGAAAACAUUGGACGGAAUUUGUAUCAUCUGACGAUUAUAAAAGGACGAGGCACAAUGGAUCUGGGCAGACUGUCACGCGCCUGCUGUGGAUUGGUCGACUUGGACUGUUAUAUGAUGGAUCUGAUGACGUACAACAGUGAUAGAAAGUUUGAUAAUCUGCAAGGAUUGGAGAUGUUAAACAGUCCGUUCACGAAUACGGCGCUGAAGCGAUUCGUAUGCAAUACACGAACGUUGAAAAGACUAGCGAUCGAUAGCAUCACAUUUACUGAUGAGGAUAUGGCAAGCAUAUUCCUUGACACCGACUUUAAUCUUCUGGAAGACAUCUGGUUCACUUCUGCACCAAAUUUAACGGUACAAACUGUAGAGCUCUUGAUGGAUCGUUGUCCGGAACUGCAAAGUAUUGGACAGCUAAGUGGAUGGGCACUAACACCUGACGAUUUAUCACUUCUCCGCGGUAUGCUGAAGAGCGCGAAUUCAUGCUUGCGUUUGUGCUAUCGUGGUCUUCUACAAAAAAUUACGUCCGCUCCUUGCUAGAUAUUUCCGCGAUAAACAAAAAUUUACGGUCAUCCGAUCACACGUUCUAUCGGGCCUCGAUUUUUAUUGGUAUAAUGUCGACAAUUGGACCCGAACUUCACCCAUCUCAUCCAUUUGAUCUUAGUCUCGCAAGAACAUUUUGUCCACGAAAAACCGGGCGAUGUAUGUAAAAU